AUGUGGAAUUUUACAUCCAGUGGCGAAUCUGGGAAUGUUAGAUUGAAGAAUAACUAUCUAAAGCAAACUCAGGGUGCUUCAGAAUGCUCAGAUGAUGAGCUUUCAUCUACUGUUAGUAGGGAGGAAGGUCUGGAGUGCCCAAUUUGCUGUGAAUCCUUCAAUAUUUGUGAAAAUGUACCCUAUGUGUUAUGGUGUGGCCAUACCCUGUGUAAAAAUUGCAUCUUUGGACUGCAAUGGGCUGUUGUGAAAUUUCCUACUCUACCAAUUCAGCUUCCGCUCUUUAUAUCCUGCCCAUGGUGCAACGUAUUAUGCUUUCGUCUGGUAUACAAAGGGAACCUCAGGUUCCCUAGGAAGAAUUACUUUUUACUUUGGAUGGUUGAGAGCAUGAAUGGUGAUAGACUGAAGUCUCAUGAUGGCUUAUGUGAAGACCACCACCAUCCCGAUUGGACAUCAAGCUGCAGUUUUAGCCCCGGGAAUUCAGGGUGA